CUUUAGCCAAUCCGAAUUCCACAAGAAAUAUUAGAUUACCAAGAAAGAUAAAUUGAAACAGUCAAUACAUUAUAAAGAUCCGCUUUUCAACUCAUGAAAGAAAAUCAAGGAGCAGAAUGUAGCUAACUAUGAUGGACCGGGAAACGAUACUUGACGGAAAGACAUUCUGUUAAACUGAAGCAGAAUGACAAACGAUGACUCUCGGAUGACUGGAGAAGGAAUUGUUUUAUACAUCAUGUCGGUGACCGGUAUUGUGGCUAAUGGCUUCGCUGUUCUCGCCUCAGCCAGGCUUUUGAAGAUGCAACCACUUAGCCCGAAUGUCUUUGUGCUGGGGCUGUCUUGCGUCGAUCUUCUAUCACUCAGUUUUUUCUCGUUGCCUUCGUGGUUGUUCUACAUCAAAGGGGAAUGGAUUGGUGGAAAAAGACUUUGCGAUUUCCAAGGGUUUGUCUUUUUGUUUGCGACCCUUUGCUCGGCUUUUUUAGCUACAUCCAUGGCGGUAGAUCGUUGUAUAGCGGUAACGAAACCGUUUUUCCACCGCAAAACGAUGACUGUGAACAAAGCAAAGCUUCUCAUUUUAGGAGCAAUAGCAGCCUCUUUCCUCAUCUCAUUUUUCCCGAUUUUAUCAUUCGGAAGCUUCGUGCGAAAUUUAAGCGGUUCAUUUUGUACUGUGAACUGGUUCCCUCAGAAUGCCUUGGACAGGGCUUUCUGUGUCUUCUACGCAGUUCUUGGCGGCCUACCGGCUAUGGUCGUUCUAGUUUGCAACAUCACGGUCAUUUGGGAGUUGUUCAGAAGUAAGCAAAGACGAGUUUCUGUUACGAACAUGAUUCUGCCUGGAGCACAACAAAUGGCACAGGCGAGAAACACCGAGCGAGACGACACGGAGACACAGUUUUCAAGAACGAUGGUCUUAAUUUCCGUAGUUUAUCUAUUUGGGUGGAUUCCCUUUAUGGUCCGUCUCAUUGGCAACGCGUUCUACGACUGGCGCAACAGCUCUGCGGAUCUCCUCGUGUGUUCCUUUCUGAUGCUGAAUUUCAUCGCUGAUCCCUUUAUGUACGUUUUAACGCGGAAACAAUAUCGUCAAGUGCUAAAGAUGAUUUUUACGUGCCGAUGUAAGGGGAGACUGGACGAUCGCGUGCUUCCUUUAAAAGUUCAAAGUCAUCAUCCCAGCAUAUCCUCGGCUAGUAUGCAGGCGUUCUGUUUCUCGGUCAAUGAACGACAACUAAACGACUUACGAGAAAUACUGAAGAGUACUUCACCUUAUCCGCGAAGCACAGACCAGAGAAACAGACGCAAAGACAUAGCUGCAGUUCUUCAAACAGUUUAGCACCGGAAAUAUAGUGCAUCGCUACUAGCAGUAACCUCGAGGCGACGGUCCUAGCGAGUUUGUUCCUGGUUCCAGGCCCUGUCGUUUUUUACAUGACGUCACGUCCAGGCUGUUCUCGUUUCAGAUGUCAUGUGACCACACAUCUUUGAUUAAAUCUAAUGAGCCCGUGGUUCAAGGCAGGGAUGUCCUCACGACGACAAUUCGACGUCACAAUGUUCGGAAUGAUCACGCUGUUGGAUGAGAAGACUCGGUAGCUCUUCGGAAACUUAAACGAGGAUGGAUUAAUGAGAAACGGCAUUUUCUCUCCCGAAUGAAAGCUAAAUGAGUUUAAAUCAGAAAACAAAUUGACUGUGUGUCUUGUACACUAGAAUUAUUGCAGCUGCGGUACUGUUAUACACGUAGUUAUAUUGUAGUAAUAGUACAGAACUUAACAUCUGACUGCAAAAAGGAGAUGUGAUCAACCAGAAGUUCUCAUAAAAACGUAUACGAGAAAAAAAGCAAUAUCUUACAACUUCAGUCAAGUUUUAAUGAGACAAUAAAUUGACUGCACAUGCAUUGUACACAAGAACUGUUUUGGUUCUGCUACGGUAGCGUGAUGGUCUCAUGGUUAGUGUGCUCGCCUCCGGAUCGAGUGGUCCGAGAUCAAGCCCCCGCUGG